UUUUUGUCCUUCACGCGUCAGGUCAGAGUUGCUGAUAUGAUGAACUGUUUAUGUCUCAUAACCAUCUUGUCUACAACUAUUCAGGUCACAAUUUCAUCCGCCUAUAACAAAACAAUUCAAGUUCCUGAAAAUUACAGAGGAACAUUCCCCUUGUACUUAACUAAGAUAGAGCUGGGAGCAGAUGGCCAGUAUGUUCCAGAGCUGGCUGGAAACGAUGAAGGAAUAUUUGAGUUGGAGCCAGACUCAGGAUUUUUAUGUGCUCUCAAGCCCUUUGAUCGGGAAACCAAGGAUUCCUACACUGUAAUGAUUACAGGAAAAAAUUGGACAGUGACUGUACACAUUGAGGUGACAGACGAUAAUGAUAACAUGCCUAUUCUGAACCCUAGCACACUGCAUGGGAUUGUCAACAGAGGAAGCAGAGCAGGUGUUGCUUUUAUACAUGUUCAAGCUACAGAUGCUGAUGAUCCGGCUUCAAAAAAUGUAGAUUUACGUUACACUUUCCAGGAUAGUGACCAGACUCUAUUCCAGAUAGACCCCAGGUCCGGAGCAUUGUCCUUAACAGAAGAAGGUGUCACAUACCUAUCUCAUGUUGAGGAGAGCCACUUUAAACUUGAAGUUCGGGUGAAGGACAUGGGCGACGAUCCUAUAGGUUACAUGGCAUCCGGAAUGCUGGAAAUCUUCAUUGCGGAAAAUACUUGGGUUUCUCCAAGUCCUGUAUCUAUUCCUGAAAACCAAAAAGGAAAUUAUCCCCAUAUGAUUUCUACAGUGCUAUGGAAUAGUACAGAGGUUCAGUACUGCCUUUCAGGGAAGUUUGCAGAGGAUUUGUUCACAAUCGAUGAGUCUGGAUACAUUUAUGUGACAGAGGAACUGGACAGAGAACGACAAUCACAGUACCAGAUCCAAAUAUCGGCUCUAAAUGUAGACAAUGUUCUGUACAGUGAUCCCUUGGAGAUGACUGUUACUGUGAUAGAUGAGAAUGAUAAUGCACCUAUAUUCCCUCAAGAAACCUAUCAUGUUGAAAUUACAGAGGAAACAGCACAAGGGACUUUGCUUAUUGAACUUAAGGCUGAAGAUGCUGAUGACCCACAGUCCAGUAAUGCACAGAUCAGGUAUAGGAUUGUGAGACAAGAGCCCCAGCUGCCCAGGGAUAACAUAUUUCACAUUGGGGAAAGCACUGGACACCUAACAUUGCUGGAUGAUACUCUAAAGGCUGAGACUGCAAAGAGAUACAUCCUUGAAGUAUUAGCAGCUGAUCUGGAUGGAGCAGAGGGAGGGUUAAGCACCAGCUGUACAGUGAUAAUUGGCGUGGUGGAUUUAAAUAACAAUCCUCCGGUCUUUGAGAAGAAUCAGUUUCCACCCUAUGUUGUGCCAGAGGACGCAGAGAUUGGUGCAGUACUCGUAACACUGACUGUAACGGAUCAGGAUGAGGACCUAGAAAAUAAACUGACAGCCUUUUUUAUAGUAUCUGGGAAUGAAGACCAAACCUUUGGCCUCAGAGCUGAUCAGGAACAAAACACGGUGUCCAUUAUCCUCAAACAGGAUCUGGAUUAUGAGCAAGUUAAUGAAUACACCCUGGUCAUUGUGGCAAGGAACAUGGCUGAACUUACAGGAGCAGAGUAUGGCAAUAGCUCUACUGCAACUAUUCUUAUUAGUGUUGGCAAUGUAAAUGAAGCACCUGUAUUUACAUUGAAUCAUUAUGAGGCCCAGGUACCUGAAGAUACACAGAUCGGUUCAAUAAUACUGACAUUGGCAGCCUCCGAUCCAGAUUUAGCUGACCAGACUAAUUUGCGCUACAGCAUCAUUAAUGAUUCCAAAAAAUGGUUUUCCAUCCAUGAGGAUUCUGGUCAGAUUCAGCUUCUCCAUCCAUUGGACAGGAAGCAGUUUGGAGACACUUAUUGCAUGCAGGUCAUAGCACGCGACAGAGGGGAACCAGGUCUAUCAGCUACUGCAGAUGUUGUGAUACGGAUACUAGAUGCUAACAUGUACAUUCCCAGCAACAGUAAUGUUCCAAAUGGCAACAAUGCAAAUGAGUAUUUCUGCACACCAAAACGAGAGAAACAGAGAGUUAUUAUUCAAGUACGUAACAGAGAUUCAGCAGGAAUCAGCACCCCCUUCACAGUCAGGCUUCCUGAUGACGCUACACUUCUUCGACAAUGGAAGGUGACUGCUCUAAAUGGCACCCAUGCUUAUCUAUCCAUGGCAGUUCGUUACAUUGAACCUGCAAUCCAUCAUGUGCCGGUCAUCAUUACUGAUAAUGGAACUGAUCCCCAGAAUAUAUAUGUUCAACUAAAAGUUACAGUAUGUCGCUGUAGUACCAGAGGUCACUGCAAGAUAGACGUGGACAUGAUGGAAGGCAUGCCUACAGUCUCUUCAGCAUUGGGAAUCACCUUGGGCACUUUGGCAGCAAUAGGUCUUAUUGUUAUCAUUAUCUUCAGUCACUUGGCCCUUUCACCCCCGAUUAAGAAGACAGAGACAGCAGACACCAUUCCGCUGCAGCGCAUGACUUGAAUGAACUGCUGUUGCGUGGAACACACUGUCAUAAUACGGCAGUGAACCCAGUUGGUACCAGUGGGUGCUUUCUAUCAUGUACCAUUGUGCUAGAUUCUUUAUUUUUUUUAAUACCUGCAAAUAGAGGCUAUAUCCACUCUUUCUGCUUUAAUAUAUCAAUAUAUCUCACAAAGUGUUUCCUUUAGUUUUCUUAAUUUCUAAAAAAAAAAAAAAAAAAUGUUGCAAAAGAUUUAAAUUUAAACAAUAUUGUAAUAGUGGCUCAAUUUGUUUCUUUAGGUAAAAGUGACCUGCACUUAAAAAGUACAUAGGAAAAAAAAAUAAUCCACCUGAGGUUUAUAAGCAGGUUAACCAGUGUCACCUCAAUAAUGGACUUCCAGUAGUAUUAUAAUACAUUGCAUUUAAUGGAAAAAGGGAGGAAUGUUUUCUGUAUUUUUAAAUAAACAUUGAGUAUGUUCUUGUUGUUUUAUUUAGCACAAUGAUAAAGUGAAUAUAGAUUGCUUCCUUAAAGGGUGUGUUUAUAGGAGAAAUAGAAAAGAUAACACAGGAAGUAACAUAUGGCAAUAGGUUAAUAAUACAUGCAGUGUUUGUUUUCAGUUUAGGAUGACUCAGGUAUGCAUAUUGAGCUAAAUGCACAGAACAGUAGAGAUUUUAGCCCAAAAAAUGGUUGCAACAUUUUGCAUAUUUUUUUUAGAUGGUUUUCAUGCCACAGUGUUUUUUUAUUUUAAUUUUUUAUGUUUUUCAUGUUUUAUAUGCAGUUUUUUGAGCCAAAGCUAAAAAUGGUUCCAGCAUGGAGCAUUUCUUAAUCCUUCUUUUAUUUCCAAUUUCUUUUGAAUUUACUCCUGGCUUUGACUCCAUAAACUAAAUCAAAAAGCAAGUGACAUUUUUCCAAAAAACUGUAUGAAGCCCCCCUUAAUCUAAGAUACUAUAGUAGAUCAAAGAAAAAAACAUCAAAUGGGGAAACAGUCGCAACUUAUUGUUUUCCAGAUGUGGAGAACAUAAAGGGGUUGUCUGGCAAAAAUAUAUUCUUCGUUAACAAUGAGGCAGGCCACCGCUGCGGCCAGUGACUGUGAAAGUGAAGACUGGAGGUAGGUCGAUGCAAGACAUUGCUGCUCUGCCGAUCAUUGGUCGCAGCAGUGUCUAGUCGCAGUCAGUGAUUGGCUAAGCAGCACUCUUUGACGUCAGGGCCCAAGCACCAGGAGGUAAAAAGCAACGGAGACCAGGAGCAGUGGAUUUGGAAAAGUAUAAGCAUUUUAUGAAGCAGGAAAUUUGGCACAUUAGAUACCAAAACCAUUAAAGGGUUUUUUGG